AUGGACGCUGAAAGCAAAAGCAAAAUCAACACCUGGAAAGUACCUGUAAUUUAGAUGAUUUUACAUGUAGAAGAUGACCCUACAUUGGAAAUAGAAACUGCGUUGGAUUUGCCGAAUCAGCGAGUUAUAAAAUCUGAUGUCGAAAGAACUCGCACUGGAAUUUUGACUGAAAAUGAACGAAAAACACUAGAAAUUUUAUUAACAUUUUACUGUAAAGAGCACACAACUUCAUAUAAGCAAGGGAUGAAUGAGAUCAUGGCACCUUUUUUAUUAUUGAUGCGUGACGGGCUUCCAAAAGAGCAUGCUUAUUUAAUGUUCAAAAAAUUUAUACACACUUAUCUACCUACAAUGUUUAUAGACAGUGUAAAAUUUACUUUACUCCCCCCCCCUCCUCCGUGAGUGAACAAAAAAUUUUUUUAAUAAAACAAUUUUUUAUGGAAAAAAAUUUUGAUAUAUAUAUGAUAAUUAGUAUAAUGAAAUCUAGAGCUAAUUCUGUUUAAUUUUAAACAAAUUGCUUCUUAAAACAUAAAUUUUAUAAAUUAAAUUAAUAUUUGCUUUCCAAUUUUUGCGAAUUAGAUUUUUUUAAAUUUCGAAAAAAAAAAUAUUUUUUAUAAAAUUUUAUAUAUAAAUUUUUUAAAAAAACAAAAAUUAGCCCCCUCCGUGAGUGAACAAAAUUUUUUUUGUUCACUUACGGAGGGGGGGGGGAGUUAGGGAUUCAGACCACUGCAAGCGUAUUUUUUGGUAUUUCGCUUAGUUCUGCGAUAUCAUGAGCCUAGAUUCAGUAGUUUUUUACAUAUUAAUGGGAUUUCUCCAGAGCUAUAUGCAACUUCUUGGUUUAUUACACUUUUUGCCAACAAAAUUAGUGAUGUAAACUUGAUUUAUAAGCUGUGAGAAGAUUUGGUGAAAGAAAAUGACCCUUUUUUCCCAGUCUAUAUAGGGAUUGCAAUGCUUUUUCACUUUCAGUUUCAAAUUUUAUACCUAAUAAGCUUAAUUUUACUAUUUUUAAACACCAUUUAUUUUUUAAAAAAUUCAGCCAAACUAGCAUAAACAGCCAAGACCAAAUGAUAACACAAGCGAUUUGUGAAAUUAAUUUGGAAACUUCCCAAGACGUCGAAGAAGUGCUACAUAAGGCUGCACAAAUAAAACAAAAUAUGCCAUAUUCAAUAAAAAGCAGCCUAAGGAAAUAUGAUGUUUUCAAUAUGGAAACUAUCGAUACAUUGCUAGAUACCCUAAGAAAAGAGUCAUGUUUAUAUGUAAGCGCUAAAGAAAUUAUAUUAAAAGCAUAUCCUGAAAAGUGCAUAUGUGAAAGAGAUGAGAAUUUUUGCAAAUUCUGUAGAGAAAAAGCUAGAGAUAUACCUAUGCUAGUAUUAGACUGCAGAACAGAAGCUGAGCAACAAGCUGGGAUUAUUCCAAACUCAGCGCUAUUAAAUCCACAAGCUUAUAAUGAUAGCAAUGUUAUGCUUGAUAUCCCAGACGCGUUUUUAUGCAUGAGAGGGAUUUUUCAUUUUUGUCUGCUUGGCUCAAAAACGUUUAAAGCGUCUAGUUUUGAGUUCAGCUUACAAAAUGAGCAUUAUAAUGCAGAUAUUGUACAAAAUAUGGUAGAAAAUAUAUUGCAAGCGUUUUUGGUUAAAGGGUUCCCUUAUGUCAGUAUAAUUGAAGGAGGUUUUGAGCUGUGCCAUGGGAUUAUUAAGAUGUUUAAUUUAAAUCUGGAAGGCCAUGACCCUAAUUACUGCUUAGUUUGUAGCCCUGAAGGGCCAAAAAUUAUGCAUAGGGUUAAAAGCAGAUUUAAAAGUUUCACUGGGACUAUUGGGAAGCUAAUAAGGUCUCGAUCUCCAGAAAAAAAUAACGAAAAACCAAUAAGUGAAAAUAAAACAGAAAAGGGAGAAAACAAUAUAAGAAUUGACCCAAUGUUAAUGUUAAUUAAGAUUAUAGAAAAGCUCCCUGUCGGGGCCCGAAAGCCCUUAUUCCCUUCCAUAAUGCUCCACUCGCCUGCUCGCCAGCAACCGUCUCACGGCAUUCAAAGUCUUGUUCCUACGGAUAUGGGCCUGCACAUACAUCCCGUAGUCGGAAAGUUUGGGUCACCAUGCCGUACGCCAACGAAGGUUGCCUGCACAGAAGUUUCAAAAAAAUGGGAAUUUCUGGCCGACUUUCGGCAAAAGGGUAAAACUUGUAGCCCAGGGCGAAACUCCUGGUUUCUCGCUAGAGAGUUGCCCGAAUGGCCUAGAAAGGCUUUGCUGGGCUUCCCCUUUUUCCAACUCCAAGUCUCCCUUCCCUCGAGGUAAAAAUCUAACUCGGAAAAUAGACUAGGGCUAGUUAUCUAGCAUAACUGUCCAUUUCUUCGCUAGCAAAACCUUUCCGGAUAUAAUUAAAAUAAGGCUCGAUACUGCUUGGCCGAGAGGCCAAGCCAAGUGUUGAGACGCCAUAUUUUAAUUAUAUAAGAAUUGACCCAACUACAGCAUUUUAUGUAGCCAAAAGAUUUUAUAAGGACACACGGCUGGAGUCAGAAGAUGAGUAUUUUUUCUGGGUAAAAGACAGAUGGCUCUAUAUAGGCGUUUGUGGAUCCCUCGACCUUAAAAAUUCCUCCAAAAUUUCUUAUGUUUUUAACAUUUUGGAUAUUGAAAAAAUCACAAGCAAAAAGCGCACCCCAAAAUUCCUCACUUUUCACUUUAAAGGCUUCAAAAAGCGAUAUUCCUUUGUCAUGAAAACUGAUUUAGAAUCCAAAAAAUUUGUCAACCAGAUCACAUCCCAGUAUCAAUUACUAUUCAGAGGCCCAAAUAUAAUCCAGGAAACCCUUAAAGUUUAG